AUGUCAACUACCUUUCCAGGACUCGUCCACGAUGCGGAGAUACGUCACGAUGGAUCAAACAGUUACCGUCUGAUGCAGCUGGGAUGCUUGGAGUCUGUGGCCAACUCCACCGUCGCCUACUCUUCCUCGUCGCCGCUCACCUACUCCACCACCGGCACUGAGUUCGCCACCCCCUAUUUCUCUGCCAACCACCAGUACACUCCCCUACACCACCAGUCCUUCCACUACGAGUUCCAACACAGCCACCCGGCGGUUAACCCCGACGCCUACUCCUUGAAUUCGCUCCACCACUCGCAGCAGUACUACCAGCAGAUCCACCAUGGAGAACCCGCCGACUUCAUCAAUUUGCACAACGCCCGGGCGCUCAAAUCGUCCUGCCUGGACGAGCAGAGGCGAGAACUGGGGUGCCUAGACGCCUACCGCCGGCACGACCUCUCUCUUAUGAGCCAUGGCUCCCAAUAUGGGAUGCAUCCAGAUCAAAGGCUCCUGCCGGGACCAAGCCUUGGGCUGGCCGCCACGGGAGCGGACGAUUUGCAGGGUUCGGUGGAGGCCCAGUGUGGGCUAGUGUUGAACGGACAAGGUGGGGUGAUAAGGAGAGGUGGGACGUGUGUGGUUAAUCCCACGGAUCUCUUUUGCUCAGUUCCUGGUCGCUUAUCGUUACUCAGCUCCACUUCCAAAUACAAAGUGACCAUUGCAGAAGUGAAAAGACGUUUGUCUCCACCGGAAUGCCUCAAUGCCUCUCUUUUGGGAGGGAUUUUGAGAAGAGCAAAAUCCAAGAAUGGAGGACGGUGUUUAAGAGAGAAAUUGGACCGGCUGGGCCUCAAUCUGCCUGCGGGAAGGAGAAAAGCAGCCAAUGUCACCCUCUUGACAUCUUUGGUGGAAGGAGAAGCUUUGCAUUUGGCCAGGGAUUUUGGCUAUACGUGUGAAACUGAAUUCCCAGCCAAGGCAGUUGGGGAACAUCUUGCCAGGCAGCACAUGGAACAGAAGGAACAGACAGCAAGGAAAAAAAUGAUCCUAGCAACAAAGCAAAUAUGUAAAGAAUUCCAGGAUCUGCUAAGCCAAGACAGGUCACCUCUGGGCUCCUCAAGACCUACCCCAAUAUUAGAUCUGGAUAUUCAGAGACAUUUAACACAUUUCAGUUUGAUUACUCAUGGCUUUGGAACUCCUGCGAUUUGUGCUGCCCUAAGCACUUUCCAAACUGUUCUCAGUGAGAUGCUGAACUACCUGGAAAAACACACAGCACACAAAAAUGGUGGAGCAGCAGAAUCUGGCCAAGGACACAGCAGCUCGGAGAAAGGCCCACUGAGGAAAACAUCAGAGGCAGCAGUGAAAGAGGGCAAAACAGAAAAGACAGACUAG